UACGGGGUGGAAAGGAAGGGCGAUAUUCUGAAAACCGGGUUUUUGAAAAAGGUCCAUACACCGCAAUCGAGGGAUUCUUGCAGUUGCGGCAACCGGUUAUGCUGGAAAAGCCUGAGAAACCGGAAGAUUCUAAAUAGUUUAUGAUAUGUGAGACUCAUGUAUGCAUUUUUACUUUUUUAUGGGUAGGAGCUGCAUAUUGCGAAAUUUUCAAUACGUUGUUUAUGGUUUCAACCUCAGACCUCUGAUACAUAUCUUCGACCACAAUGUUCUUAGACCGAAAAGCAGGAAGAGCAAUAAUGAAGAAGACCCAGACCACCCGUUAACCUCAACUAGUUUCUCAUCUACCCAGAUAUUGAAUCAGACCCUGAAACUCCCGUCCGAUCAGCUUGACGAGCUGUGCUCGCGCCCCUGUAUACUGCUCCAUCGCCACAACCAAUCCAGCCAAAAGAUCCCUGAUAACUUUAGGCCCGACACCUUGGACUACUACCGUCGACCGAUAGUAUUGCAUGAUCCCGGUAUCGUUCUUAUCGAUUCAGCCACUGCGAGAGCUCCAAGUACAGCCCGAGCUGGAGAGUUUGCCAGUUUGCUUGAUGUGCAAUUAUCAAGCGUGAUGCGUAUUGGACCUCGAGGAAGUGAUCAGCCUCCCAUGGAGCAGCCUGUGGUGGUUUCUCAAUGGGAAAGGCAACAUUGCUGUCGUAGUAUGCGCGGAGGAUUCUGCCUAGGGCAGCUUCAUCUCCAACUGCCAGCACGCUGUCUUCGGAUGAGGGCCAGAUAAGGGAGGUUGGGAUAUCGGCGAUAUUUCCAUCGGUAGAGGUAACUUCUUCAUUCUCCGUAGUCAUGAUGUGUAGCUUGGCAGGAUGUUAGCGCGGC